GUAAUAUAAAAGAAAAAAUUGAGAAAAAAUCAAGACAAUGCGAUCCUUUAAUUAGAAAUCUUGUAUCAGACAGACUUGUUCAUUAUUUUGUUGGAUAAAAAUGGUGAGUGUUGUGGGAGAGAUGUUUUGUAAUCCGUACACGACGGAGCUGGUGGUGAGAAGGCGGCGUGAGAGCCUGAAAAGGGAACGCUACGACGUUUUCGAUCUUUCUAACAAUCUCAUCUUCACCGUGGACGGUGGCAUUUGGAACAUCCGCCGUAAACGUGUCCUCCGUGACGCCGCCGGAAUUCCUCUUCUCUCCAUGCGUACUAAGGGACUAGUACCAAUGCGAUACAAUUGGGAAGUAUACAAAGGAGAUAGCACAGAAUCUGAUAAUCUUCUUUUCUCAGCAAGGGAACCAAAUCUAUUAUCCUUCAAAACAUCACUUGAUGUCACUUUACCGCCAGACCAAUCUUCAACGGACAUAAGUAGUGUCGAGCCAGAUUUUCAAACAUUUGGUCGUUAUAUCGGCUCUUCUUUCAAACUCUUCGAGCCAAUUCACAAUACUCUUCUUGCUGAGGUGGUUCAUGAUUUCACAUGGGGAGGACUCAUAAAAGGGAGUUACAGCUUCAAAGUGAGAGUUAAUCCAUAUGUGGAUUUCGCAUUUGUCGUGGCGUUACUUGUAAUCACAGAUGAUACUUCCAAUCUACGUUAGACAAAAAAAAACUACUGUUUCAGUAUACAUUUUUGUUCAAAUGUUUUAGAUAAAUGGGUUUGUAAUAUACAUAAAUAUUUUGGAUAACAUUUCAUGAAUAUUUUGGGUAUGGGAGACAUCAAAAAC